AGAAAGAAAGAAGCUACUAGGUUCGACGGUGAUCGCUCGUGCGUGCCGGCAAUGGUGUCUCCCCGUGCGGCCAUCGUCUUCCUCGUCGCGGCCUCCUCCCUCGCCGUCGCUCUCUCGAAUGGCGGCUCGGGGCCGGCGUACGGGUACGCGGUCGGGAGCGCGACGGGGCCGGAGAAUUGGGGUAAGCUGAGCCCCGAGUACCGGCUGUGCGAGCAGGGGAAGCAGCAGUCCCCCAUCGACAUCGUCACGAAGCAGGUCGUCCCCAACCCCAGCCUCGACACCCUCGACCGCACCUACACCGCCUCCCACGGCACGCUCGUCAACGACGGCCACGACAUCUCGCUCAAGUUCGACGGCGCCAAGGUCGGGGCCAUCACCGUCGCCGGCAAGGUCUACAACUUCGACAAGCUGCACUGGCACUCGCCCUCCGACCACACCAUCAACGGCCAGCGCUUCCCCCUCGAGCUGCACCUCGUCCACAAGAGCGCCGACGGCGCCGUCGCCGUCAUCGGGAUCCUCUACGAGCUCGGCGCCCCCGACUCGUUCUACUACCAGCUGAGGAGCAAGCUCGCCGAGAUGGCCGGCGACAAGUGCAACUUCGCCGAGGAGGAGUCGCACGUCCAGACGGGGCUCGUGCUUCUCCGCUCGCUGCAGAAGCGCACCGGCAGCUACUUCCGGUACAAGGGGUCCCUCACCGUGCCGCCGUGCACGGAGAACGUCAUCUGGAACGUCCUCGGCAAGGUGAGGCAGAUCAGCCAGGAGCAGCUGCAGCUGCUCAAGGCGCCGCUGCCCGGCAGCGACGCGCGACCGGUGCAGCCGCUCAACGGCCGGACCGUACAGUUCUUCAACCCGCCCAACAGCACAAUCUCCUUCCAGAUGUAAUCCUCCUGCAGACAUGUCACAACUACUACUACCAAGUAGGUACAACUCGUAUUCUUGUGGUUGUGCACAACUCCUUUAUUUUCAGGUGGUUGUGUGCACGGGCACUAAACAGUUGUGCACAACUCUUCUUCGAAGAAAGAAGGGUAAGAAGUAACAGAAGGCUCUAAGAAAAAAAUCAACUAUUAAUCUCUCUCUACAAAUG